UAAUAGUCAAUGAUCAACAUUUACACCGGGAAUUUUGAUAAAGUUUUUGUUACCUUAUCGUAUGCAACGCUAGUCGACGUUACAACGUUGUAUCAACAUCAAAUUUAAAAAGAAUGUGGCGGUCCCGUUUAAAAUAUGCAGAUGGAGCAAUUUUGUUCGCUUAUGCGGCGCUAAUUUUUCUGCUCUCUCAACCUGUUUCCGGUUGGAAAACGGCUGGGAAUAAAUUGGGCUGGGAUUACUGGAAUAAGUUCCUGGGUAAAACCACCGCGGCACCCACCACACCGACCACGCGAGCACCGUCCGAUAACCUGAAGAUACGCUGCGGUGUGCCGCGACUGGACGACAAGGAUCCAUUCGAUCUCAACAGCUUGAAUGCGGACCUCUGGAAGACGCGGAAGGAAGACCGGUCGGGAUUUAAAUUACCUCCUGACCUAACUGUAGCGGCACUGGGCACCCGGGAGAAGCCGGUGUUGACCAUUGUCGGUGGGCAGGAUAGCGAUGUGAGAAACAUCUGCUGGCAGGCUAAAAUCCAUUACAAGCACUUUUACAUUUGUGGCGGAUCGAUUAUCGGAAAGCGGACCAUCUUGACAGCCAGCCAUUGUGUGCUAGAUCUCAAAACUGGUGUCAUCAACAAGCCGUACAGCUUCAACGUGACUGUGGGUGCUCCGUUCAGCAACACCAACGAAUUCCUACAGCAUCCUGAUGCCAAUCACUGCGCGCAGGAGUACGGGGUCAUCCGAGUGGUCAGCAACUCCAAGUACCGGCCGAAGGGCAACAAUGAACACGAUAUCGCUAUUUUGACACUGGAUCGGGAUAUUGAUUUUACGAAGCGGUGUGCUUGUCCGGUGUGUAUCAUUGAUAGGAAGCCGAUGGUGGGAGAAAUCUGCAGCGUUAGCGGGUACGGAUCGGAGUCGGAGGAUGGAACAGCCGAUCGCGACCCCGUACCGCUGAAGUUCGUUCACAUUAACGUGAUGAAUACCACAUACGACGCCAACUGUCCACUGCCACAGCCAACGGACACCCAGGUUCCGGAUCUGAACAACUUCCUGUGCGCGGGAGAUCACGUCGGUGAAGAUUCGUGCCAAGGAGAUAGUGGAGGUCCCUUGGUGUGUUUGGACCCAAAGACUCAGAAACAUUACCAAGCCGGCAUUGUAUCAUACGGUGCCGGAUGCGCAAGAGGUGUUGGUGGAGUUUACACCAGAAUAUCAAGCUAUUUAGAGUGGAUACAUGUGAACUCCGGCGGAGAUAUGUAUAGACGUUUCGUAUCUUGAUCUCCAGCUGAUACUUGGAAUUCUUGCAAUAUUUUUCAAUAAAACCGUUAUUCGAAUUCAGACUAAGCACUUUAGUGAGUCAAAACAUCCUAGAAGAAUAGUUUGAUAUAUUAUAUCCUCAUAUCAUGUGUAAUCCGUUCGGUGGAGAGAAUUUUGAUCACAAU